UGGCCAAGCAGCAGUUCAUGGAGAUAGCUCAAGCUGCAACGCUGAAGUCGCCGCCCAUCUCAGAAUCUGAGAAUCUCCAUUCUUGCAAUUUCCAGUCACAUUUCUUGCCGACUCCUCACGACAUUCUAAAAUUGCAGGACUUUCCCAAAGACCGCAGCCAUGUCAAUAACACCAAUCAUCACGUUCAAGGCGGGCAUGUGCGAUGUUGAUCAAUCCUCGAAACCCUUCAAGGUCAAGGCCCUGCCGACACCCGGCUACAUCUAUCUCUACUCCGAGGAUGAUCUAGUCCACUUCUGCUGGCGGCCCCGAUCCGCGCCGCUCGACGAGCCCGAGCUCGACCUCGUCAUGGUCCCCACGGACGGCCACUUCGUCCCGUACGACACCCGUUCACCCGCCCAUCCGUCGUCGAAGACCAACGGCCGCAUCUUCGUCCUCAAGUUCGCCUCAUCCUCGCAGCGCCACCUCUUCUGGCUCCAGUCAAAGCCCCAGGGCCGCAGCGGCGAUCCGGCCUGGCUCAGCCCGAGAGAUCGGAAGAUCGGGGACAUUGUGGACAGGCUCCUGCAGGGCGAGGAGGUCGACGUGAACCGCGAGCUCGCUUCCGUCCGGAACAACGACGACGACAGCCGGCGCGAUGCUGAUGACGACGCGACCAUGGAGGACGUCGUGGGCCACGGCAACCAGCAUUCGCACCGCCGCGGCGGUGACCGCGGUGCCGGCCCGGACGCCACUGGCGGGGAUUUCAGGCAGGAAGGCGAGGAUGCCAGAGAAGGAGGCGCAGACGGAGCGCGAGCCAGGGCGAGUAACGAUGCUGCCACCGUGGUGCAGAACUUCCUCAAUUCUCUCAAGGGGACUCCCGGCUUAGGAGCGGCAAGUCAGGGUGAAAGCAAGGCUUACCCCUUGCUGAACGACCUACUCGAACCGGCCACGACCAUCCCCAUGCUCGAUGCGGCUGACGAUGCCUACGUCGACACACUUCUCGGAUUCCUCCCGCCGACACUGCUGGUCAUGGCUCAGCAGGGCGACAACGCCGACGCCAUUGAGAGGGAACCCGGCGCAGAAGCCGUGGAGGCUGCGAAGCAGGCCAUGAGCUCGGGGCAGAAGCGCGCGCUGCUGAAGAAGGUGCUCCGCAGCCCGCAAUUUACGCAGAGCCUCGCCAGCCUCACCGUUGCGCUCAGGGACGGCGGCCUGCCGAGCAUUGCCGAGGCCCUGCGUAUCCCUGUGAGGGGCGGCGGGCUCAUCCCAGGCGGAUCGGUGCCUCUGGGUGGCGGGGAAGCUGUCGAGGCAUUUGUGGAAGGCAUGAAGCUGAAGGUGCAGAAGGACCGUGGUUCUGACCCCGGGCAGAGCUGAUCGGGGGUUGUGGGUGCUUUUUAUCCUGCUGUUUUUUCUAUUUCAUGCCUCGUUGGCCCGUACAUGCUGGCGACACGGAACAGAUGACCACACGAGGGCAGCUGGACUAGAGCCUGCUGAAGGCAAUUAUGGCAAUCAGAAAAAAAAAGAAAAAAAAAUGAAGACUGGACAUAGAGAUAAAAUCGCCGAUCUCUAGCUAUGCGGUUCCCCUGUCCAUCGGG